AUGGUGGGCCGGUGGGCCGGUGGGCCGGUGGGCCGAGCGCGCGGCGCCGCCAUCGGCCGGUGGGCCGGUGGGCCGGUGGGCCGGUGGGCCGGUGGGCCGGUGGGCCGGUGGGCCGGUGGGCCGGUGGGCCGGUGGGCCGGUGGGCCGGUGGGCCGGUGGGCCGGUGGGCCGGUGGGCCGGUGGGCCGGUGGGCCGGUGGGCCGGUGGGCCGGUGGGCCGGUGGGCCGGUGGGCCGGUGGGCCGGUGGGCCGGUGGGCCGGUGGGCCGGUGGGCCGGUGGGCCGGUGGGCCGAGCGCGCGGCGCCGCCAUCCCGUCGCUGGGGUCGCCAGUCUGCGCUGCGUCUCGCCCGGUUCGUGUCCUUGGGUGCGGACCAGCGGCUACGCCGCCGCGCGCUGCAGGCGAGGCCCCGCUGCGCCACAACCCCACCCGGCCGCGUGCGUCCAGGGGCUGCGGGGGGAGGUCGAGCCCGGGCUGACCACCUGCCUCCAGCCCGGGCACACCUGCUGCUGCCCGGCCUUCGCCCGGUGCCCACGGUGGGUGGGGCCGGGCCUCACCUGCGCCCAGCCUCGGUGGCUCCACCCUCGCGCCGGCACCCAGGGUGCUGGGAGCUCCGACGCCCUGUGCGGAGCGGCGCGGCACGCCGUACGCAGGUUUGGAGGGCCCUUGCCGAGCCCACGAUUGCUCCUUUGGAGGCCAGCCUGCUCUGGUCGCUUCCCGUCAGCCCCAGGUGGCUGCAGAUCUGCCGGGCUGCGACCCACCGACCGCACCCCAGUCAUCCAAACUAACCCCGGGCUCCGUGUGAGGGGGUUGCCCUUGUUGGGGAAAGGGGCGGAGGCUGGGCCCUGGAGCCACGUGGGCUGGACCUCUGUCCACAGUGCCGUGGGGAAGACGUGCCUGCUGAUCAGCUACACGACCAACGCCUUCCCUGGAGAGUAUAUCCCCACCGUUUUUGACAACUACUCAGCCAACGUGAUGGUGGACGGGAAGCCUGUCAACCUGGGGCUGUGGGACACUGCUGGCCAGGAAGACUACGACAGGCUGCGGCCACUCUCCUACCCUCAAACUGAUGUCUUUCUGAUCUGCUUCUCCCUGGUGAGCCCGGCCUCCUUUGAGAAUGUCCGUGCCAAGUGGUACCCAGAGGUGCGGCACCACUGCCCGCACACACCCAUCCUUCUGGUGGGCACCAAACUGGACCUCCGUGAUGACAAGGAUACUAUUGAGCGACUGCGGGACAAGAAGCUAGCACCCAUCACUUACCCACAGGGCCUGGCUAUGGCCCGAGAGAUUGGUUCUGUCAAGUACCUGGAAUGUUCAGCCCUGACUCAGCGGGGCCUGAAGACAGUGUUUGAUGAGGCCAUCCGGGCAGUGCUCUGCCCACCCCCAGUGAAAAAGCCAGGCAAGAAGUGCACGGUCUUCUAGAACCCUGUCUGGCCGGCCUGGCUGAGGAGCCCCAGCCCGAGUGUGCCCUCGUGUUGAGCUGUCUGGUGUCCCCAAGUCUGCUGUGGGAAGUGAUGUGGGUGGGGAGGGGAAGCAUGGGGACAAAGCUGGGGUGACGGGAUCCUGUCCCCGAUGCCUCCUCUUUCUGGGGUAUAGCUCCAGCCUUCCCUGGCCCCUAUGGGAGGCCGGGAGGGAGCAGGGUCUCCCUCAGGGCUGCAGGGGUGGGUCCAGGACAGCCCCAGGAUGGGCUUCCCUGGCGGGGAGGGUGGGGGUGGGUUCUGUCCAUCAUGUCCCCAGGAAAGGGCAGCCCCUUCUUAUUUUAUACAGUAAACAUUCACCACCUCCUA